AUGCCUAGUCGUCCGGGGGAGCUUCCUGUUGAAUCGGACUCGGUACGCAGCGCAGACUACGAUCCAGAACAAAUAGACAGCCAAGGCUCAGAGGAAGGGGAUUUCUGGCCAAUUGUUGGCAUCGUUAAGGAAAGGAGGAGAAACAAGAAGCUAUCCUACCUCGUUCGCUGGGCUUCGGAUCCCCAAACUGGACAGGAGUUCCCUCUACAGUGGAUUUCUGCCGAAGGUGUUACGGAAGCAGCUAUUGAAGAGUGGGAAUCUGAGAAGGCACAGGCUCAGGAUCAAAAAACACGGGCGCGAAAGACCACGACUACCAACAAGAGCACCUCUCGAACGUCCGUAGUCGCAACCGCAGCGACAACUACGGCGGAAACACCAAUCGCCUCGCCACAGUCCGUUGAUAGCAGCCAAGAAGUUCUUCCAGCCAACCGUCGGAAGAGGCCACGUCCCCUUGACAGCCGUGCCCGCUCGUCUUCGGUUGCCGAUUUCCUCCCUGGCCUCACGGCUGACGACGUGCGCGCAUCCAAGCGUCCGAGGCUCAGUGUUGAUCUGUCUUCACUUCCUUCCUCGGAAGCAUACACACCAGAAGCUUUGGACAACUUCGAAAGACCGAACACCAGUAGUAUCUUCGUGGAGCUUCCGAGCAAGGCCGCCAUCGACACCUCCCAGUACCACAGCUUUCCUGAGUCUUCCCAACAGACUGCAAACUCGCACUCUCAAUCAUUGUCCGCCCUGGAAGAACUCGACGCGCAAAUCACGCUCGAAUCCGCAUUUCAGAGCCAAGAAACCAUCCCGGACUCCCAGGACUGGCUUGACGAUACUCAGACAGGCUCUUCUUCUCAAGCCCUUUCAGUGUCUCAAACUGUUCCUCGCCCCCGGUUCGAGGUUCCCGACUCUCAGAAGGACUCCAGCUUGGAAAAGUCCAUCGUCCCCAGUCAGUCUCUUGUCGAUCCAUCAACGGGUGACGCUUCGCGAACACUGGACCCCGAAAUUCCUUCGCACCAGCCCGACAUCGAAGAUACGAGAGAACAGGCCGACGAACAGCAUAGCUCUCUGAACGAACUUGUCGAAGAGUCUCAUAAACCAGCAUCCCCAAAGUUCUUUUCGCAGCCAGAUUUCGGAUUCGAUCUUGAGUUGAUUGCGAGCUCCACGCUAGAUUCCCGAGAGGUUGUACCUGAGUCUAGCUCUGGUGGACCUUUGCCUUUGACCCAACCCCAGGAACAACUAGAAUUUGCCGGUUCACACGCGCUGACGGUUGUCGAAGUUCCUCAGAGCCAGGACGUCCUUACCGAGCAAGCGGCACAAAUCGACCCGGCGCAGGCUAGCAUUGCGGUGAGCCAAGUCACCUGCGACAGCAGUUCGCCCGAUAACGUCGUGCCAGACUCAGUCGUGCGGAGGGCCAUCUGCUCUGACCCCGAAACAUCCAGCUCUCGACCAGCUAAUUCCUCCAAGAUGAGCGGAGUUGCGCCAGAUGAAGACGACCCGGUCGCUUUGCUUCUUGAUGCGGCUGCGGGGCAGCAAAAUGCGGAAUCUUCGGCGCCUAUAUCCGAGUUUCCGGACGUCAAUGACCUGUUCGACUUUAUCGGCUCCUCCAAUCGAACCAAACUUCCGGCCGAAGAUGGGGCCGUCAACGAAUCCGAUCUUGAGAUCGCGACAUCGACUGACAUGUCUGGCGCCCUUCUUCAACCCGAACCUGUACCCGAGGUCUUUCCGGCAACCAUUUCUCCCUCAGAAAUUAGUCGAACGAUAGAACCCGAAAGUCUGAUGCAGGGCCCCCUCGAGCCUCCGACGAUGUCUAUCGAGGCUGUGGACCCCGAAAUCACUUCUUCACCAUCAUCAGAGGUCCCAGUCUCGGGUCAAUACUUGGUGACCUUACCCCUUCCUGCGAACAUGAAAGAGGUGUACCUCAACACCAUUCUUCGAUACCGGCGUGAAAUUGAAGCGUUCAACAACCAGCAAAGCAACGAGGGUACUCCGCCAGAUGCGCAACUAUCGGCCCAGAUCGACCGAUUCUUUGGUGAUCUGUUCGAUAUUUGCGACCACCCAGCAUCGCUUGGCGCCGAUGAACUUCGUCAGCUUGAUACGACCGAUAUACAGAAGCAUGCCAUGGGUACGAAUAGUAAAUUCUACUUUGUUGGCCGACUUUUGGAACGCCUAGCCUACACUGAUAAGAAGGUCCUGAUCAUCGCACGAAGCCAGAAGCUGCUCGGGUACCUGCAAGCAAUCAUCGGCACCAUAAAUCCCAGCGAUCGUGAGGAAUCUGAGCUCGUUGUUCAGCUUGCCCAUGCUGAACAGGAUGUGGACGCCCUCGCCUUCGAUAUUGUCAUUGGGUAUGACUCUGCCUACGCCGCAUCUGUAGCUUCGCAGCAGGUGGAGCAAGCUGAGCCCAGCAAGAAGCCAGUCGUGAUCAGUCUGGUCAUCACGUACUCAAUCGAGCAUUUUGAAGUGGUCAUUCCAACAGAUUUCGGGGAUCUUGACCGCAAGAACGCACUCUUGAUCUCUAUUUUCCAGAGCCGAGCAGUUUUGGCCAAUCACGGCGACCAAGACGUGGAGAGGGUUGUGGCGGAAUUCGCAGAGCACCUCCGUGAUCCCGAUCUUGCAUUUGAUUGGGAACCAGAGUUGAUCCCCAGCGAUCUCCUGGACUUUUACGAUAACGCGCAGAAAAGCCAGACGCAACCUCAAUCCCAGCUCGAAGCCCGUCAAAUCUCUGCCCUCAAGCGCAAGCACGAUGGGCCACCUGUCGGGUCACCGAAACGCUUGCGCCGCUCGCAAUCAGUGGCACAGACGCCCGCCGAACUUGAUAGUACAGUCCGAGAACUGAUUGACCCAGAUCCAGCCAAGGAGCAGGUCAUGUUAACUCGGGCGGCAUGGGGGGCUCUCACGCAAAAGAACACUGAAUUGGAAUCCCAAUUAAGGGAUAAAGAUGAGCUCGAGGCUAUCACUCGCAAGCAGAUCACGCGGAUGUCGAAACAGAUUAAGAGCCACGAGUCAACAGCCAAUGUGAUCCAGAAACAGCACAUGGCUGCUCUGAGCGAACGUGCAGGCUUUGAGAAGGAGCGAAACCAGGCCGUCGAGCAAGAACAGGCGGUUCGUGCGCGUCUCGCGGAGCGGGACGCUACGAUCCUUGCGCUCCAAGCGAGGCUGGAACAAGCGGCGUCCAAAGACAGCGUGCUCGCCGGGCUCGACGAGAAGAGCAAGGAGCUCAGUGCUGCGCGGGAAGAAAUACGUCUUCUGGAGAAGAAGUUGAAGAGCAAGGAAAGCGACUUCGACUUCGCGAGAGGUCAAUACCAGGAUGAGCGGCAGCACGUCAAUGACACCAUGCAGGAGAACAAGGAGCUUAGAGAGCAGGUUGCGCAGCUCAAGCAGCAGUUCUCGGAAAGCCUCGUCAAGAUUCAGAAGAUCAACGCGGACAGCAGCCAGAAAGAUCUCCAGCGAUUAGUAGUGGAGGCGCAGACGCUCGCCAAGGACCGCGAACGAGAGCUCGAGCGCACCCGCGAAGAGCUCAGGUCGCUGAAGAAUGGGCGACGCGAAACGCGUGGGACGAGUGUUCCCCGGAGCCCGCGAAUGGGCGUCAUGACGCCGCGUAAUGGACGCGGGGGCUUGAGCACGCUCGGUGCAUCAGCAGGCGCUACGCCGGGUAGCAGAGGGACGUCGCCAUCUCACGUCGUCGAGACGCCUGCGCCACCGCCGCCGCCUCCCUUGUUUGCGGCGUCGUCUGCGGCGAAUGGGCGGUUCAAUCAUUUACGGGACCGGCUUUGA